AUGUUCGUUCUGGGCUUCACGGCGGUUCUGCUCGCUACAGGCCUCGUGAGGGCUGACAAUAUUACUGCCACUGUGAAUCUUGCUGUCUCGAAAGGUGACCCUGUCCACUGGGCGUCAGGUGUUAUCUAUGGAAUUCCCGACACCCUGGACCAAAUCCCAGACCACUGGUAUACAGAUAUCGGAUUCCGAUACGGCCGAUCGGGAGGAGCCCAGCUAGAAGCGCCUGCUCGUGGUUGGAUCUGGGGCGAGGAAGAAUACAAGGGACGGCUCGAGUCCACUUUGUCCAACUACAAGACUUGUCGCCGGUAUGGAGCAGAUUUCAUUCUGCUGCCUCACGAUAUAUGGGGAACGGACCAUGCCAAUGACUCGACUGUGUGGCCCGGCGAUAAUGGUGACUGGGCGGACUAUGACAACUUCAUCAAAAGACUCAUGGCCGAUCUGAAGGUAAAUGACGCACUCGACGGGCUUGUUUGGGAUAUUUGGAAUGAACCCGACAUUUCCAUUUUCUGGAAGCGCUCUCAGCAGCAGUGGAUCGAUCUGUAUAUCCGCACGCACAAACUUCUCCGUGAGGAUGGCGAUUAUGACCGAGUCGAAAUCUCAGGGCCAUCACUGGCCUUCCGACCUGUGUCUGAUAACACCUGGUGGACGGACUGGCUUGCGCAGAUUGCUGGCAAUGAUACUGUCCCCGAGCAAUAUUCCUACCACCUGGAAGGCGAGACAGAUGAAUGGGACAAUGAUCUGCAAAACACCAAUGGCACGCUCGAAGAGCUUCUCAAGACCUAUAACCUCCCAACCCGGCAAAUCAAUAUCAAUGAAUACGCCAACGCGAAUGAACAGAUUCCGGCCGGUGCAGCGUGGUGGAUCUCACGUCUUGAGCGCUACGAAGCAUACGGAUUGCGAGGAAAUUGGCUAGGUGGUUGGAAUUUGCACGACCUCCUGGCGAAUCUUCUCACCAAGAAGUCUGAUCCGCUCGACUAUAAUGCCAGAGACUACGCCUCAGGCCCGGAGUAUCAGGUAUACAAAUACUACAACCUCAACAUGACAGGUAGCCGUGUUGAGACCAGUGGUACGGGCGAUCGCCUCUUCGAUGUAUAUGCCACAGUAGACUCUGGGAAAGUUCGCAUUCUAUCCGGGGCACGAAUUACGACUGGAAACUGGCAGAUCACAGUGCAAGGCCUGACUUCAAUCGGGCUGCCGUCUGCGGGAUCGAUCGACAUUCAAACCUGGGGCUUUGCGGGAACCGAUGUUUAUGCCGAAGUGGACGCUCCAAGUGACCGCGGCAUUGUUUCUCAUGAGUACUCUGAUGGAGUUCUGACCUUCCCGAUCUACCAAACUGAUGCUAGUACGGCUUGGGCAUUCGAGUUCAAUGUUUAG